CCAUGGAGGCGAGGCCGCCGCCGCCGCCGCGGAGCUCCGAGCCGCGGGCCGGGCGGCGGCCCUGAGGGCGUGUGGCGGGCCGAGACGCCGCCGCGGAGCCGCCGUCCUCGUUCCCAGCGGUCCCGCCCAGCGCCGGACUCGAGACUUCAUUACAUGGGCACAGUUGAUUAAUUCAUCGGUCAUUGGUGAUUGAUUCAACCUCUCGCUGCUCUUCCCAAGAAAUCAGGGUGGGACUGAAAGUUCCAACUUUCUAUUCACGGUGCCUUUUACUCAAAUCAGAGAACCUGAACAGCUCUAGGAGAAGGCCUGGGCAGAGCUUAACAGUCCUAGCUGCCACUUCUUUGUUUCUCCCACACCUGAGAGACAUCCUCAGUAAGACUGAGAGUGGAAUACAUAUCUUUCUCCCAGAGAGCUUCAUCUCCAUGAAAGAGGUCAUUUCAGGGUCCAUAAAGGCUGCCGGGGCUCCAAUGAUCACAUCUAAAUUCCAGAUUACAGGAGGAAGGAAUGGGGUCAGCAUGGAUUCCUGGUUCAUUCUUGUUCUGCUUGGCAGUAGUCUGACACGUGUAGGUGCCAACAAUGCAACCACAGUUUCACCUUCAGUAGGCAUUACAAGAUCUAUGAAAACAUCAACAGCAGAGUCAGUCAAAGAAGAGACCAAAGCUUCAAAUACUACUUCUUCAGUAACUUCUCCCUCUGUGGCACCAACAUUCAGCCCCAAUCUAACUCUGGGACCCACCUAUGUAACCACUGUCAAUGCUUCAGACUCUGACAAUGGGACCACAAGAACAGCAAGUACCGGUUCUGUAGUCACUACACUUGCACCGAAUGGAACGUGGCUUCCAGAGAACCAGUUCACAGAUACCAGCACAGAGCCUUGGGAGGGGAAUUCCAGCACCGUGGCCACCACCCCAGAAACUUUCCCUCCUUCAGGUAAUUCUGACUCGAAGGACAGAAGAGAUGAGACGCCAAUUAUUGCAGUGAUGGUGGCCCUGUCCUCUCUGCUAGUGAUCGUGUUUAUUAUCAUAGUUCUGUACAUGUUAAGGUUUAAGAAAUACAAGCAAGCUGGGAGCCAUUCCAAUUCUUUCCGCUUAUCCAAUGGCCGCACUGAGGAUGUGGAACCCCAGAGCGUGCCACUUCUGGCCAGGUCCCCAAGCACCAACAGGAAGUAUCCACCCCUGCCCGUGGACAAGCUGGAAGAGGAGAUUAACCGGAGAAUGGCUGAUGACAAUAAGCUCUUCAGAGAGGAAUUCAACGCUCUCCCUGCUUGUCCUAUCCAAGCCACCUGUGAAGCUGCCUCCAAGGAGGAAAACAAGGAAAAAAAUCGAUAUGUAAACAUCUUGCCUUAUGAUCACUCUAGAGUCCAUCUGACACCGGUUGAAGGAGUUCCAGAUUCUGAUUACAUCAAUGCUUCAUUCAUCAAUGGCUACCAAGAAAAGAACAAAUUCAUUGCUGCACAAGGACCAAAAGAAGAAACAGUGAAUGAUUUCUGGAGGAUGAUCUGGGAACAAAACACAGCCACCAUUGUCAUGGUGACCAACCUGAAGGAGAGAAAGGAGUGUAAGUGUGCCCAGUACUGGCCAGACCAAGGCUGCUGGACCUAUGGGAAUAUCCGUGUGUCGGUAGAGGAUGUGACCGUCCUGGUGGACUACACAGUGCGAAAGUUCUGCAUUCAGCAGGUGGGCGACGUGACCAACAGGAAGCCACAGCGCCUCAUCACUCAGUUCCACUUUACCAGCUGGCCAGACUUUGGGGUGCCUUUCACCCCUAUCGGCAUGCUCAAGUUCCUCAAGAAGGUGAAAGCCUGUAACCCUCAGUAUGCAGGGGCCAUCGUGGUCCACUGCAGUGCGGGUGUAGGGCGUACAGGUACCUUUGUUGUCAUUGAUGCCAUGCUGGACAUGAUGCAUACAGAGCGCAAAGUGGACGUGUAUGGCUUUGUGAGCCGGAUCCGGGCACAGCGCUGCCAGAUGGUGCAAACAGACAUGCAGUACGUCUUCAUAUACCAAGCCCUUCUGGAGCAUUAUCUCUAUGGAGAUACAGAACUAGAAGUGACCUCUCUAGAAACACAUCUGCAGAAAAUUUACAACAAAAUCCCAGGGACCAGCAACAAUGGAUUAGAGGAGGAGUUUAAGAAGUUAACAUCAAUCAAAAUCCAGAAUGACAAGAUGCGGACUGGAAACCUUCCAGCCAACAUGAAGAAGAACCGAGUUUUACAAAUCAUUCCAUAUGAAUUCAACAGAGUGAUCAUUCCAGUCAAGAGGGGUGAGGAGAACACGGACUACGUGAAUGCAUCCUUCAUUGACGGCUACCGACAGAAGGACUCAUACAUCGCCAGCCAGGGUCCUCUUCUCCACACCAUUGAAGACUUCUGGCGAAUGAUCUGGGAGUGGAAAUCCUGCUCUAUCGUCAUGUUAACAGAACUGGAGGAGAGAGGCCAGGAGAAAUGUGCCCAGUACUGGCCCUCUGAUGGAGUGGUGUCCUAUGGAGACAUCACAGUGGAGCUGAAGAAAGAGGAGGAAUGUGAGAGCUACACUGUCAGAGACCUCCUGGUCACCAACACCAGGGAGAACAAAGGCCGGCAGAUCCGGCAGUUCCACUUCCACGGCUGGCCUGAAGUGGGCAUCCCCAGCGACGGGAAGGGCAUGAUCAGCAUCAUCGCGGCCGUGCAGAAGCAGCAACAGCAGUCGGGGAACCACCCCAUCACCGUGCACUGCAGCGCAGGGGCAGGACGGACAGGGACCUUCUGUGCCCUAAGCACAGUCCUGGAACGGGUGAAAGCGGAGGGGAUUUUGGAUGUCUUCCAGACCGUCAAGAGCCUGCGGCUACAGAGGCCACACAUGGUCCAGACACUGGAACAGUAUGAGUUCUGCUACAAGGUGGUGCAGGAAUAUAUUGACGCAUUCUCAGAUUAUGCCAACUUCAAGUAAGAGGUGAUGAGAUCGGUGGACAGGAAAAUUGCCUUUAAUAUUUUGUAAUAUUCUGUUUUGUUAAUAUACCCAAAAUUGUGUAUAUAUCUUAUAACUGUUUUAGAAAUUGGUACAUAGGCUUCUAUUACCUAUUAGGUGGAGAUUUUAUAUGUAAAUGUGUUAGCACUGAUAGUCCUUUUUCCAAUGUUUUAUUGGGGAAUUAAAUAGUGUGAUGUUUGGAUUGACAUCGUGAAAUCCUCUGCCUGGAAAUUGGGCUGUAUUAUUCUUUGGUUUAGACAUCUUUUCCUAAAGAAGGAACACAAAAUUAAUUCCAGGUAGCUCAGCAUCAACUAAGAAAAAAAAGCACAAAGUUCUCAGAGCUCUUGAGGAAGUUGGUUGUCCUGGUGCCCCCUCUCCCCCACCCCUUUCAGGCUGUUGUUCCCUCCCUGCUCUGUAAAUAAUCCCUCCCCUCCCCAGCCUCCCCCCAUCACCACCACAACCCACUGUGGGGAGUAAAGGGACCAGAGCGGUAUCUCUGGCACCACACUAGGGAUUAUCAGGUAAUAAAAACUUUGACUCCCUGAGGACGCGUCUCCCUUUGUCUGGGGUGGGGCAGCCGGACCAGGGCUGAGGCUCUCCUAGGCCACUCCCGGCCCUGCUGUUAGUGUUCUGUCUCAGCUGGUCUCAGGAGCCACUGUCCUCCCAACUCCUUUCCAACUGGCACAGCCUCUCCAGCUCUCAGCUAGUUGCCAGGACCCACCCUCCGUUCCCAGAGCAUCUUUGGUGCAGUGAUCCCAGCCAGCCUUGCUCCCUGGAAGAUGGUCAGCGUCCUCACUGUUUCCCUAGCGCAGGGGCAUGGGAGAGAGAGGAGGUAGCUAGCUAAGGCCAAUACGACUUCCCUGGUGCUUUGCUAUAAAACGGUCUGGAUUGUGUCUCUCUGUCCAGGAUAAGUCUUUAUAUCCACACUUACUAGAUUAAAUAGCUUUCAUUUUCUUUUAUAUUUGUCUACACUUCCAGGACUUUUAUGUGAAAGUGCCUCAGAUCCAGAGGCCAGGAUGGUAGGAGUCUUCAAUCCCAACUUGAUAUCAAGCCUAACAUUAUACAAAAGUGUCUAGCAUUUGUGUCUUAAAUAACGUGGAUGUUCAUUUAUUUCUCAUGUAAUGGGGUGCCCAGUCCAGAGACCCAGUGUUCUCCCGUCUUUUGGUCCCAGUGUCCCUUAGAAUGUUAUUCUUGUCCUCAUGGCUGAAGCUGGAUCACUGUCUUUUCCCAUGGAGAAGCGAAAAGAAAAUGGAGAGAAAGCAACUUCAUUUUUUUUUUUUAAGAUUUUAUUUAUUUAUUUGAGAGAGAGCACAUGAGAGGGGGGAGGGUCAGAGGGAGAAGCAGACUCCCUGCUCGGCAGGGAGCCCGAUGCGGGACUCGAUCCCGGGACUCCGGGAUCAUGACCUGAGCCGAAGGCAGUCGCUUAACCAACUGAGCCACCCAGGCGCCCGCAACUUCAUUUUUAAGGACAUGAAGCAAAAGCUCUUCUUUACAUUUUCACUCCUGUUGGCUCAAACCUAGUCAUAAGGCUACACUGUGUGACUACAGGAAUGCUGGGAAAUGUCAUCUUUAGUUGGCACAGCUGUCAGUGCGGGGCUGAGAGAGUCUUAAGGCCCCUGGGGCCUUUCUCAAGGAGCAGGGGCAGGCUCUGGGCGACUCAGGCCAUCAGGAGUUGGGAAGUGGCACCCCAGCCUGGGCCGUGGAGGCACACUCAGACAUCACUGUUGCUCUGCUUGUUGACGGAGGUGGGACUUGAACUGGACCCAAGGGAUGCUGGAAAUGUGGAUGAGGGAAGGCAACGUCACAUGGAGCCGCAUUACAGAAGGCCUCAGAACCCUACAGAAGGUGAACAGAUGCAGUGGCUCCAGGAUGGGGGCCAAGUUCACCACAUAGUCAGGACAUCUACAGGAGGCAGGGGCACCGUGACAGACCACCUCUGCAAGUUUCUGAGAAGUGAGUGUGCAUCAGAAGUACUUGGUCCUUCUGUAAGAACUAAGGAACUCCAAGCGGCAGUAAACUCAAAACUCAGUGGUUUUCAAAGAAGCAUAAGUAAAUUAAGCAAUCUGAGAAGGAUUUCUGAUGAGAGGUACCACGUUUGGGAAGGAGACCCUGACUCUUUGCAGACUACCUUUGGUGCCUCUAUGACCAAGUCCUGACAGAUGGAGGAGGGCAAGCAAGCUACAUGGCAACCCAAUAGGAGAGCCCAUCAUGUGCCCUGUGCUGCCUCCCUAUGUCCCAGCAGGCUGCCUACCUCCUGUUGCUAGGGCUGGUGUUGAGCAGCUUACACACCAGUGUGUACCAGGGUUCCUACAGAAGGCCUGAGUACCUCUACCUACCCACCAGUGUGGCCUGGCCACUUGCUGCUGAAGUCCAUGCUGAUUUGCUUGGUGGCUUGGCUAAUUUUUUUUUUUUUUAAGAUUUUAUUUAUUAUUUGAGAGAGAGCGAGCAUGAGCGGUGUGGAGCAGCAGAGGGAGAAGCAGACCCCCCGCUGAGCAGGGAGUCUGCCGUGGGGCUCAGUCCCAGAACCCUGAGAUCAUGACCUGAGCUGAAGGCAGAUGCUUAACCAACUGAGCCACCCAGGCGCCCCUUGGCCAAUAUAUAUAUAUAUAUAUAUUUUUUUUUUUUUUAAGAUUUUAUUUAUUUUUUUGAGAGAGCGAAAGAGCACAAGCAGGGGGAGCAACAGAGGGAGAGGGAGAAGCAGGCUGCCUGCCAAGCAGGGAGCCCAGUGCGGAACUCGAUCCCAGGAUGCUGGGAUCAUGACCUGAGCCGAAGAAGAUGCUUAACUGACUGAGCCACCCAUGUGCCCCUGGGUCAAUGUUUUAAAUAUCACCUGGCUACUAAACAGAUGUCUUCAAGCAGGACUUGUAUGGUUGCAAGAGACACUAACCCAACAGGAACAAGUCAAGGCUAACGGGAAGUGGAUCAAGGCUCACGCUGCACAAUCAUGUGGGAACAGCAGGGGUGACUGCUUCAUCCAGUGCCUGCCCCUCAGGUAGUUGGCUGUGCCCCACAGAGUUGGAGCUAGAGCCGGUGAGGAUGUCUCAGAAGAGGGAGCGAGGCAUCCAGUGCCCACUGUGCUCAGACCUCACUUCAUCAAGUCAGCGCACUCCUGGUUUCCUUCCUCAGUUUCCUUCGCACUCCACCACCACCACCACCAAAUGCACAAGUCUUUCAUUUUAAUUUAAAAAAAAAAAAAAAGGCACUUCCCCCCAGGCCGAUAGUCUCCUGACUCACUCUCCCCUCUUCCACCCUUCAUCCCCACAGAUUCCUUUCUCACCACUCAUCAGGGACCCACUCUGUGUCCACUAGUCCCUCCCUUCUGACUUCAUCCUCACUCUGUAGCCUCUGCUGUUCCUCUUUCUCCUUCCCCAGAGACCAGGCAUUCCUGUGGUCAGCAUGUGGCGGAUCCUUAGCCCUUCUUCAACCCUGAGCUCCCGUCCUGGGCCCCGGGGUGGCAUAUCCUGCUGCCUGCCAAGUGACUAUAUGAGGUGACCCACGCACACCUGCCUCACACUCCCACCACCCCGAGGUUCACCCGGUCUCUCCAGAGUCUCCCGUCCCUUCCUGCAGCCUUCCAGCAUUCUCUGCACCUCUCUCCACUGACAGUUCCUGUGUUGACUCUUCUCCAUAUUUGUUCCUUACGUGGGAGCACCACAAGUGCCCUGUGCACAGACUCUGGCUAACUCACUGUCAUCCUUCACCCAGACCAUCUGAUCCGGGAUUUGUGCCCCUCUGCUCCAGCAGCACCUGAGCACUCAGCUCGAGGCCUCUGCUUUCCCAGCUGACUACAAGCAGCUCCCAGACGGAUAAAGUCCUAUCCUCAGGGCCGACCAUUAGUUGGAGCUGAGUGGUGAACAAAUGGCUUUCUGUGCCCUGCUGAGACGGAUAGGAGGAUGAAUUUCUGAGUCUGUAAUCUGGAAGGGGACAGCAAACGUUCUUGAAAAGCUACGGAUGUUGCCAGAAAGGAACCAGAGCGUCCCCUGGGAAGCUUAGUUCUGGUUUGGAUUUUUUACGAAAAACCACAAAUUACAGGAAAAAAUAAGGGCACCCCAUUCCUCUUUUAAAAUAAACACAGGGGACUUUGAAUAAAACAUUCUGUAAACCCAAA